CAAAUCCACUCCUGCAGCGCCUUCAUCCACGAGGCCGGUGACCCAGCCCAGCAGGUCCAACUGGUGGAUUCGUCACUGCAAACCCCAGCCGGUCUUGCUCUGGACUGGCUGCAACACAAUCUGUACUGGACCGACUCUGGCGACAAAUCCAUCUCGGUGGCCUCAGUGGACGGAACCAAGAGACGCAUCCUCAUCAACACUGAUCUGAGCGAGCCCAGAGCCAUAGCACUGGAUCCUCAUCAUGGUUUCAUGUACUGGUCCGACUGGGGCACAAGAGCCAAGAUAGAGAAGGCCGGGAUGAACGGAGUGGAUCGGCAAGUGCUGGUGGCUGAUAACAUUGAGUGGCCCAACGGAAUCACACUCGACGUAGCGAACCGCCGUCUGUACUGGGUGGACUCCAAGCUGCACCACAUAGCCAGCGUGGAUCUGAACGGAGCUCACCGCAGAACACACAUGACAUCUGCUGAGACGCUGGGACACCCCUACGCUCUGGCUGUGUUUGAG